CCGCCCUUAGACCCCACGUACAUCAAUCUCCCUCUAUAAAGAACUGAACAAUCCCAUUGUAAAAUCACCAAAAACCACACUAUUCUCUCCUUAUUAUUACAUAAUAAUAUUCUGUUCUGUUCUUACCACUUUCUUCUUGUUCCAAUGGUUAGAGGAGCCAUAAAUAUUAAGUUAACUAUAGAAGAAAAAGUUCCACCACAAAAGAAGAUCAAUGUUUCUUUAGCAAAUCAAAAGAGGUCAAGUUCUACUUGUAAGUGCUGUGGUGGUUCUUCUAGCAAGGUCACUAAGACUUCUAAGGCUGGGUUUGUUGAGGGGAGCAGUGGACGUGCAGGUUAUAAAGGGAACGCUACUUAUAAAUCUACUCGCAAAGUGAAUGACAAGGUUCAUUCUGGUGAAAUACGAAAGAGCUCAUGUUCUACUUAUAAAAAGUCUGGUGGUUCUUCUAGCAGGGUCACUAAGAAGGCUGGUGUUUUUGUCGAUGGGCGCAGUGGAUGUGAAGAGUAUAGAGAGGAAGCUAAUUAUAAGUCUUCUUACAAGGUGAAUGGCAAGGCUCAUUCUGGUGAAAUACGAAAGAGCUCAAGUACUUAUAAAUGCAAGGCUGGUGAUGGGCGCAGUGGACGUGAAGAGUAUAGAGAGGAAGCUAAUUAUAAGUCUUCUUACAAGGUGAAUGGAAAGGGUCAUGGUGUUACUACUGAGUUUGAGACUAGUGUCAAGUGCAAGAAGACUACUACUUAUGAUAAUUCCAACAAGUACUUAUUAGGCAGGGUCACUGAGACUUACAAGGCCGGAAGCUAAUAUAAAUCUACUUACAAAAUGAAUGAUAAAGCUCAUGGUGUUAUUACUGAGUUUGAGACUAGUGUCAACAGCAAAAAGACUACUAUGAUAAUUCUAACAAAUCCAACUACAAGAAGGUUAAUUAUUAUUAAUUAGUUUUAUUUUUUCUAUGUUAUUGUUAAAUAUAUAUUUAAGUAGACUGUGGUUUGAGUUUUUUUUUUCUUAGUCUUCCAUUUGGUAUCUUGAAUACCGUUCACAUGUACUUUUUAUUUUCUUUCGCAUACUAUUUUCUUAUAAUGUUUGUGCCAA